CUUCGGCGCGUCUCCGAAAAUGCAAGGCGCGACGGAGCAACAGAAGCCUAUCUCCAGUCACACCUGCUAAUUUGUCUCGCGAACCACAACCCCCAGUCUUCCGAUGUCAUGGUCAAGCCUAGCAUUGGACGCAAGAUCCGGCCAUGGAUGAGUUUCCGGAUGAUGAUUUUAACGACCUAAACGACACGGUGUUGCAGGAACUCGAAAACAAUGCUAUCCAGUCCACACAGUUCCAGAAGCCGACUCAGGCGCAGGCAGUCGAUGCCCACGCGUACGACUUUGAGGAUGACGAUCUCGACGACACUGUUGUGAUUGACGAGCAAGCACAACCACUACGGCCUGCCGUGGACACUUCGCUGCCGAUCCAGCAACCCCGCCACGCCCCCGGCACCCAGCGAUGGAACCAGCACUUGGCGUCGAGGCCGUCGUAUCAGCCAGGGCCGCAAUACCCACCCCGGCGACCAAUUCCGCCUCCGACUCAAUCCCAGCGAUAUUCCGCUCUCACACCCGCCAGGCCACAGCCGGUCCAGCCAUCGCAGUUCGCCCGCCCGCCUCUGCCCGUGCCCCGGCCAUACCCCGGCCAGCCAUCACAGGCUCCCCGUGCUACCGGCUUAGGACAACAAAAUGACAUCAUCGCCGAACUCAAAGCACGCCUGUCUACGCUGGAGUCGGACCUCACUGCAGCCAAAGGAGAAGCCGCCAUCCUACGCUCCAAAUUCGACCGAGCCCAAGCGACUCAUGAGGCCGAGAUUGCACGUUUGAAGAAGCAGAACGCCGAGGAGAUUGCAAAGCAAGAACGCAUCGCCGAGGAGGCUCGGGCUGCCGAAAAUGCCGUCGCGACCGAGCUGCAAUUUACCCGUCAAGACCUUAGGGAGGAGCUGGGCAGGGUAAAGUCCAGGCGCAGGGAUGCACCGGCCACUCCAAAGAAAAGCCGGACUUGGGGUCAGGCGGACGGGUUCGACGGCGUCGAGAUCUUGUCUAGUCCCAGCAAGGGACAGACGCUGAGAAGGAAGGAUUCUGCGCCUGCGCCUUUGGAGCGCACGCCGACAAAGGGAAAGAGGAAACGUCCGAUUGUGGACAGUCCUACCUUUGCUCUGGAAACACAUUCUGGAGACGCGACGGAGAACCCGCCCAUUGCGCCGACUACCCUAUCCAGGGCUAUUAUACCCAGCCCCUUGCCGUUUGACUUCCUGAAGCUGGUACUGAACCACAGCACGCUCCGCGGCCAACCGCCGACGUUUGACCUGUUCUCUCGGUUCGCAUUCCCUUCGGACCCGUCUCAGACGUUUGCUUCCAUCAUCUUCCAUCGCCUCCCGCAUAUGGGCGAUUCUGCACAGCCGAUGCGUGUGCUUGCCGACUUUGCCGAAUUGGUGCUCGAAAUGUGGCAACGCUGCCUCUCCGAAAGAUAUCACGCGCCGAUCUACUACCUCGCCGCUCUGGUUCUGUACACGCUAGAGAUCAACACGGUUGCGGUUGCUCCGCACAUCAUCUCAUUGUUAAUUCCAGUCUGUGCGACAACAUGCCGGCUCGUUGCGCUCCCGCGGUUAAGCCGCCCGGAAGGGAACCCGCAUGAUCACCAAGACAGUGUUGUGCGGCAGCUGAACCUUGAUAUCGAUGUUACCCAGUGCCUCUCGCUGCUCUACCUGGCUGCCCUGGGUUGUCUGCCGCCCCCUGAAACAGAGACGUUCGAAACACCAAGCUCCCCACAGGCCGAAUUCUGGAAGACCAUGGAGCUUGAUUUUGUCCUGGUGAUGCUGUCGCCGAAGCACCCCGAGGAAGACUGGUUCGGCAUGCUUUCACUGCUGUGCACGUCGGUGACGCCCCAGAGCAUCGGGCCCAUACCAUCGGCAACGAACGCUGGAAGUGGGCGCCCCGAGUCCAAGAGUCCUCAACUGGUCGCGGCAACUGUAAUCGAUUGUGUGUCGUCGUUUCUCUGCGAGCCUCCGCGAUGGGCACCCCCGGGCUCUGUGAAAGACCUGGUCGUCCGGUCUGCGGCGCUGAAGACGCUGACAAUGUUCGCAACGAGCCCCUUUGGCGCUUUUCACCUCGCCGACAGUGACAUGGCUAUUCCUCGGCUGGUCACGGUUCUGUGCUGGGCUGUUGACCAGUUAUACGGCAUGGACAUUGCCCUACCCUUGGGGGUGGCCCCUCAGUGGGACUUUAAAUUGCAGACCGAAAACGGAGACGAUAUAAAUGCAGCAGAAGCCAUGCAGGUGGAUGGGCAGAACGAACAAGAGCAGUCAAAUGCCGAGUACAAGGCGGCGGUAAGCGGCAUUGAAGUGAACCAAGAGCCGGUUGAGCCAGAUCCUGUGUCUCUCGUGUGCCGUUUCAUCUCUCAGGCUGUACGACUCAUCCACUUUCUUGCCACGGACCCACGCACCGCCAGCACGGCCAACAUGUCGGCCAAGCUGGCUGCCUGGCACGGCGGCUCGCAGCGCUAUCUCCUCACGUUGGCGAGGCUGAACUUUGCCGAGGAAGAUUUGGUGCUAGAGGCCGGGCUUGAUGCAGAGACACUGGAACUGGCGCAUGAGUUGCUCGAGCCGGCUGUCACACCGGAUGAGGGCGAGGAAGUCGGCGAGGUGUUUGGGGAUUGAUCGACUGGAAUCUGC